AGGGGGACAGAGGCUUGAAGAAGGGCGCGAUCUACUAGAGGGAAAUAAACAGCUGCCUGAGACCGCGGAGCCCUUUCAAACAUAAAGUACAGCUCUCUGUUGUUCAUGAAAAAGAAUUCCAUUAAAAUGUUGUAUUCAGAUCAGGGGUUACGUUCGUAGGUUGGCCGAGCACACGGACCUACCGAAAUGAAGGACGGCCGGUCGGUUUCAAUGCCGCCCGGACUGCCUGCAGCCUGGGCCGCUGUGACUGCUGCCCUGGUAUCUCCUGUAGCACCCCCUGCUGCUCCUGAUGAGACUAUUUCUGAUGCUCUGGCCCUGCUUUGUGAGCAGGGGUUGGGUCAGUAUGUGGAGGGCUGGCUGCUGGAGACCCUUCAGGUUCGUUUAACCACUGAUGUGGCUCCAGAGUUUUGGGCUGGGCUAGAGCACCUAGAUGGGGAUUCGCAGGAGAGAGACAGGGCUAGAGCUCUGCUAGACGCCUUCAGGACCCUCUUUCUACGUCUCGAGCCUUUCCUUGGUGGGCUUGAGCAGCUGGGCUCAUGGCAGAAUGAGGGCCGGGGGGGUCUGGUGGGCCCUGGUGCCCAUGGUUUGCGAGAAAGGGCCUUUUCGGUCAUCCGUGCGAUCCUCCUCUUCUCUCCCUCACCGGUGCUCCAGCAGCGGGUGCUGGAGUUCUAUAGUCGCACCUUCUCUGUACACAUGCGCCAGGUGAGAGAGGGCCUAGAGGGGGAGGAGGGGCCAGAAGAGGCUGAUGGGGAAUGUGUAUGUCCAGGCUGUGCUGCCCUGCCUCAGCUGUGCUGGUGUAAGGAAGCCCUGGAGCAGCUGCAGGAGCUUAGCCACAUUCUCUCCAGACUGCAGCUGUUGGAAAGAGUGAGCUCUGAGGCAGUGACAAGCAUUUUGCACCGGCUGAUUGAGCAGAGAAUGGAGCAGCGUUGUAGAGGCGAAUAUGAGAGCUCUUUUCUGGCAGACUUCAAUGAUUGGUUGGAGCAGGUGCUUGGCUGGCUCAGCAGGGUCUUUGCCAGUGAGGUGGGAGAGACUGGCACCAGGUCUGUGCCUGCCGAUAGCAAACCUGAUCAGCCAGGUGGUGCCAUCCUCCAGCGCUGGCGUUGCCACAUGCACCAGUUCUUUUGUCGCAUAUAUGUCAACAUGAGAAUCGAGGAGCUUUUCAGCAUCAUUCGAGAUUUCCCAGAGUCUAUCCCUGCCAUUGAAGACCUGAAGUUCUGCCUGGAGCGGACCAAUCAGAGGCAGCAACUGCUCACCUCCCUCAAGUCUGCUUUUGAGACACGCCUGCUGCACCCAGGUGUCCAUACAUCAGACAUCAUCACUGUAUACAUUUCGGCUAUUAAAGCUCUGAGAGAACUGGACCCCUCCAUGGUCAUUCUGCAGGUGGCCUGCCAACCAAUUCGCAAGUAUCUCAGGACUCGUGAAGACACGGUGCGGCAGAUUGUGGGGAGUCUGACGGGCGAUGCCGAGGGCUGCAGUGAUCUGGCUAAUGAGCUCUCUCGAGCUGACCCUGUUACCCUGGAAACACAGGACAGUGAAGACGAGGGAAGUGACCCAGAUGAGUGGACACCUGACCCUACUGAUGCUCUCACAGAUAAGAUGGGCUCUAAGCGACGUUCCUCGGAUAUCAUCAGUCUUCUGGUCAGCAUCUACGGCAGUAAGGAGAUCUUCAUUGACGAGUACAAGACUGUGCUGGCAGAUAGACUACUCCACCAGUUGAACUACAACACAGCUAGGGAGAUUCGAAAUGUAGAGCUGCUGAAGCUGAGGUUUGGAGAGUCCCACAUGCACUACUGUGAGGUCAUGUUGAAGGACGUGGCAGACUCUCGGCGGAUCAACAGUAAUAUCCGCGAGGAGGAGGCUCGUCUGCCUGCGGAGGAGCAGCCUCCUAUUCCUCUGUCGGCCAUGAUCCUGUCCUCAGAGUUCUGGCCUCAGCUCAAAGAGGAGAAGAUGGAGCUGCCUGCUGUCAUCUCCAAAGCUAUGGAGGCCUACACACACCGCUUUGAAAAGCUCAAGGCUAUGAGGACUCUGAGCUGGAAGCCUCAUCUGGGUUCAGUAACUCUGGAUGUGGAGCUAGAAGACCGAACUCUCAGCAACCUCUCAGUGUCCCCCAUCCAUGCUGCCAUCAUCCUGCACUUCCAGGACAAAAGUACGUGGACGCUGGAAGAGCUGAGUGGAGCUCUGGGCGUAUCUCAGGAGUUGGUGCGUAGAAAGCUGGCAUUGUGGCAGCAGCACGGAGUGGUGCAGGAGGAGGCUGGCGGGCGCUACAGCAUACUGGAGACGGCAUCCUCUAGAGAGCGGCCUGAGAGAGCCGUUAUGCUUAUAGACAGUGACGAGGAGGGAGACUCGAACACCACCACACAGUCUGAGCAGAGGGAGGAGAAACUGCAAUUAUUCUGGGCUUACAUUCAGGCCAUGCUGACUAACCUGGAGAGCAUGACUCUAGAGAGGAUUCACUCCAUGCUGCGCAUGUUCGUGGCUACAGGACCUGGUGUCACUGAGAUGGAUGUCAAUGAGCUUCAGGCUUUCCUGCAGAAAAAAGUCAGAGACCACCAGCUCAUUGUUUCUGCUGGAGUUUACAGACUGCCUAAGAGCAGUCAGUAGAGAGAGAUCCAGACAGACAGGAAGUUUACAAAUGUUAAUUGUUUUUCUUUUCCAAAAUAAUAAAGUGCUUAUUUGUUUACGAA